UUUUUUUUUGGCUACUUUACCCGUAGUUUUCAGCGCAACUCCUGAUUUCUCCAGCCAGGGUUUUUUUUUUUUUAUAUAUACUUUUUUUUUUUUUCUUUCUCUCUUUUUACAAAGAUUUCGAACUAUUUUACAUAAUGUCCUUGUUAAGAACCUCUGCUUCUGUACUCCGUACCUCUGCCACUAGAGUCUCUGCUAGAGCUCUUCCUUUAUUGUCUCGUCAAGUCUCUGUUCGUACUUUCACUUGUACUAGCUCAAAGUCUGUUGGUGCUCUUCGUGCCAUGGUCAUCCCUAAUGUUCAAAAGGGUGCCAGAUCUUAUAGCUCCAAGAACUUCCCUCCUCAUAACGUCAUUGCUAUGCCCGCCUUAUCACCCACUAUGACUGCUGGUGGUGUUGGUAAGUUCCAAAAGGUUGUUGGUGAUGCUAUCAACCCUGGAGAUAUUUUAGUAGAGAUCGAAACAGAUAAGGCACAAAUGGAUUUCGAAUGUCAAGAAGAAGGUUUCGUUGCAAAGAUUCUUGUCAACGAAGGUGAUAAGGAUAUUCCCGUUGGAAAGCCUAUUGCUAUCUUUGUUGAUGAUGAGAGUGAUGUUGCUGCUUUCAAGGACUUUACUGUUGCUGAUCUUGAAUCUGCUCCCGCUGCCGCUCCCGCUGCUGAAGCUCCCAAGGAAGCUGCUGCUGCUCCUGCUGCUGCUGCUUCUACCGAAGAAUCUAAGCCUGCCUCUUCUGGUAACGCUUCUUCCGAUCGCACCAAGGCAAGUCCUUUAGCUAGAUUACUCGCCGAAGAACGUGGUAUUGACAUUUCUAAAAUUCAGGGUUCAGGAUUAGAUGGUCAUAUCGUCAAGUCUGAUGUUGAAAACUAUAAGGAAUCAGCCGCUCCUGCUGCUGCUGCUCCUGCUCCUGCUGCCGCUGCACCUGUUGCUCAAGCACCUCCCGCUGCUUAUGCUCCUCAAGGUACUUCUGGUAACGCUUUUGUUGACGAACCUACUACCAGCAUGAGAAAGAUCAUUGCUGCCCGUUUAACUGAAUCCAAGCAAACCGUUCCUCAUUACUAUGUCACUGUUGAAAUCAACAUGGACAAGGUCAACAAGUUGCGUCAAGUUUUGAACAAGUCCAGCGAAGGACAAUAUAAGCUCUCUGUCAAUGACUUUGUGAUCAAGGCCUCUGCUUUAGCUCUCAAGUCUGUCCCUGAAGUCAACUCUGCCUGGCAAGGUGAUUUCAUCCGUCAAUACAACUCUGCCGAUAUCUGUGUUGCCGUUGCCACCCCUACUGGUUUGAUUACCCCCAUCAUUGGCCAAGCCGAGACCAAGGGACUUUCUAGCAUCUCUGCUCAAGUCAAGGAUAUGGCUAAGCGUGCUCGUGACGGUAAGCUCGCUCCUGCUGAAUACCAAGGUGGAUCUUUCACUAUUUCUAACUUGGGUAUGUUUGGUGUCAAGAACUUCACUGCCAUCAUUAACCCUCCUCAAUCUUGUAUUUUGGCCGUGGGCGGAGCUCAACAAAAGGUCGUUGCUGAUGAGACCACCGAGAGCGGAUUUGCUGUCCGUGAUAUCAUGGAAGUCACCUUGAGUGCUGAUCAUCGUGUUGUUGAUGGUGCUGUUGGUGCCACUUGGUUGCAAUCAUUCAAGGGUUUCAUGGAGAACCCUCUCAAGAUGUUGUUGUAAAUACAUAUUUUUUUUAAUUAUACUACAUACUAUAGAAAAAAAGAAAAGAAAAAGAAAUAAAAAAAUACAUUUGAGAAAUAUAA